CUACAGCAGUUGAACUUCGCAAAUGGAACAGGAGGAAGCCGCCCGCCAGCAGGAAAUCCAACACCAGCUGGCAGAGGCAGAGGCAGCGAGUCAGCAGGCCGUAGCAGAAGCUGCAGCAGCCGCACGGUUACAGCAGCAGCAGACGGAGGCAAGUCAGAACCAAGUUCGUUAGCAAGCUACAAUGGAGCUCGCCAAUGUCGAAGCCAAGUACCGGAGGGUACUUCGACAGCAGCACUUUCAAGCAAACGAAGAACAAGAGGAGCCGACCGAGGAAGAGAGAAGCAAGGAGGAAAUAGCAGUACUAAUGGAAAACAUGUUGUAUACGUGCAAUUGGCAGCAACGCGAGCUGCUGGCCAUGCGGCAGAUCUUCAUCCGCUACGAAGCAAGUUUCCGGACGCAGGAACAGAAGAUCACCGCCUUGCAGAACGCGAACAGUCAGCAGCAGGCCAUCAACGACCAGCUACAGACCUCUGUCAGCUCCAGAUUGGCGCGAUUGUCUGCAAUUGAGUCAAUGGGCAGUGCAACGGUAGACUGCAGCCCAACUUUGUCCGCUCAAGCCAAGCAACUCGAGGAGCGGAUCAACCACAUGGUAGCAUCCCUUGGCGACAUCAGCAAGUUUGUUGGAGCAUCGACAGUCAGCAAUCAGCUGCAGACGCUCGGCGACCUCGUUCAACAACGAUCGGCCGUCGUCGCCAAGGAAUGGAAGAUGUCGAAUUUCAAGAUUGAGAAGUUCAACGAUUACCACAAGACUGAUCCGCGACAGUGGUGGAUGGCACACAAUGCGGAGGCAGACGUACAUCACGUCCCACCCGAACAGCGGCUUGACGCACUCUACCUCCAACUCAUUGCAGGGGCGCAGGCUUUCAUGACUCACAUGGUCGUUACGUUGGAGUGCACCAUCGCCACCCUCCACACCAAGAUCAUGUGGGAGGAGUUCGAGAAGAAGUGGAAGACCCGGUUUAUGGUCAACAACGACAAACGUCACGCCUUGAACAAGAUCUUCCGCAUAUUCCAAGGCCAGCAAACAUCGCGGGAAUGGCUGACGGAGUGGCAAAGACUCGUCGCCACACCGCAGUUGAACCUGCCGUUCGACUCAAUCCGGGUCGAGUUCUUCGCCCGGUCUUGCGACGCUUUGACAGCUGCUCUUGGCAACGAAAUCCAGUAUGAGACCUUUGAUGCAAUGAUCUCAAAGGCAAGGGAGUUCAUACAAGUACCACCUCCGUCAACAGACGGCAGAGUAGCGGUUGUUGACCUCUGGAGCUAUCUUGCGAAGAUCGACCAUGAGCACGCAAUGCAACGCUAUGAGGAUGUCUUCCAAGCUCCAGCCGGAGUAGUACCGGAUCGGCCCAUACGCCAUGGGAUCACUCUCGAGGACGGCGCCGUACCUCUGCGUGGAUGUAUGUACCGCAUGAGCGAAGAGGAGCUUCAAGUGCUUCGGGCACAACUAGACGACCUCUUGGCCAAGCGCUGGAUUCGCCCUAGCUGUUCGCCAUACGGUUCUCCCGUUCUCUUCGUCCGGAAGAAGAACAAGGACCUUCGUUUGUGUAUCGACUAUCGGAAACUUAACGCGCAAACGAUCAAGAACGCCGGCCCUCUCCCUCGGAUCGAUGAUCUUCUCGAGCGACUAGGCGGCGCCAAGUACUUCUCGAAGCUCGACCUCAAGUCCGAAUAUCACCAGAUCGAGAUCCAGCCAAGAGAUCGGUACAAGACUGCAUUCAAGACGCGGUAUGGGCACUUUGAGUGGAUCGUCAUAACUUUCGGUCUCACCAAUACCCCGGCUACUUUCCAAGUGGCUAUGACGACGGAAUUCCGCGACCUGCUCGACCGCACCGUACUUAUUUACCUUGAUGAUAUCUUGGUUUAUAGUCGGCCGCUAGACGAGCACCUCGAGCACCUUCGCGUCGUUUUGGAGCGGCUCCGUAUCUCCAAGUACAAGGCAAACCCGACAAGUGUGAGUUUGCCCGGCGAGAGCUGGAGUACUUGGGCCAUUACGUUACACCGCAACGCAUUCGUCCGCUCGCGGACAAAGUACAAGCCAUUCAAGAUUGGCCGGACCUCGAGUGUACCACCGACGUCCGUUCCUUUCUCGGCUUAGCAUCAUAUUACAUGCCCUUCGUCAAAGGUUUUCAACGGAUCGCUGCACCAUUGUCGCGACUUCAGUCCCCCUUGGUGCCCUUCGAGUUCAACGACUAAGCCUGGCACGCGU